AUGGGUCUCGGCAACAAACAAUCUGGGAAUGCCAGCGAACUGCCUUGUUCCGUCCACGCAGCGCCCUGCCAGGCUCCGACCAACAACAUGCUCAAGAAACUGGGCCUUCGCAAGCAGCGGGACCGCCACCAACGGGACGUACAACGCGGCUCUCGUGACACCAUCGCGCCCUUGGAAGAUGCCGAGUCUCAGGCUCCCGCGGUUCCGUCAACGAGCACGUCGUUUUCCGUACCGGCGUCACUCGUGACGGGCUCGACCCCGCGCCUAGACCAAGAUCCCGUAGGGCUCAAGGUAAUACACCGUCCCUUCGGAAGGCCGAUAGCCGACAUCAUAUUCGUGCAUGGACUUGGGGGAGGAAGUCAGAAAAGCUGGUCAAAGGAUUACAACCCCGAUUUUUUCUGGCCAAAGAACUUCCUCCCCUUGGAACCUGUCAUUCGCGACGCCCGAUUGUUGACAUUUGGGUACAACGCAAACUUUGGAGCACGCGAGGGCAAGAGCGUAAUGUCGAUAUUAGACUUUGCCAAGGACUUGCUGUACGAUAUGAAGUAUGCGAAAGAUGAAGGAGGAGAAAACUUGGCAGAUCUGGGGAUUGGAGAGGCAUAUCUUCAAGGCCAGAACGAUCCCAUGUUCGAGCACAUCAUUGAACAGAUUUCAUCUAUUGUCUUUCUGUCUACACCACAUCGAGGUACGAACCUUGCGGGUAUACUCAACAAGGUCCUCCAAGUAUCGUUCGGCGCAAGCUCGAGGCCAUUCAUUACGGAACUGGUAGCGGGGUCUUCAAUGUUAGAAAAAGUGAACGAGAACUUUCGACAAGUGGCCCGAAAAUUGCAGAUCGUGUCUUUCUACGAAACUCGCCCAACGCCGGUGUCCGAGCUGAAUCAGAUCAUGAUCCUCGAUAAGGAUUCAUCUGUCCUUGGAUACCCCGGCGAGAUAUCAAAACCUCUUGAUGCCAACCACAGUGAUUUGUGCAAAUACGACAGUCAGAAUGACCCACGAUAUAUCACGGUGCGCAACGUUCUCAAAACCCUCGUCGAGCAGUCAAACAAGAGUGGAAUUUCCAGCCCGCAUGCGAACAGAGCCGCGUGGUCCUCAGAACUUGAAAUCGGGAGUGCAUCAACACCAAUGCUGGAAGUGGCACCACCGACCCAAUCGUCGUUCGACAACCACUUUGAAGAGCUGCUGUCCGUCUCAACACUGCCGCGAGAUGACUUUAGUUUCUUCCAAGAUCGCUUGGUGUUCGGCACCUGCUCGUGGAUUCUGGACACCGAAUCAUUCCAAAAUUGGCUCGGUGAUGAUAGCCGCAAACCUCGCGUCCUCUGGAUCAAUGGCAAUGCAGGAAGUGGCAAGUCGGUACUUUCGUCCUUUUUGAUUAACCACCUCACUCAGUCCGGCUUGGCCUGCUACUACUUCUUUAUUCGAUUCACAGAUCAGAAGAAGCGUGCCAUCAACGCAAUACUGCGGUCCCUGGCGUACCAGUUAGCCACCUCAAAUCCAUCGUACGCGGCGAAGCUUCGACUGCUUGAGACGGCUGGAAUUGCCUACAAGACCGCCGAUUAUCGCAGUCUAUGGUCGUAUCUCUUCAAGCAAAGCCUUUUCAGUCUGAGUCUGAGCCACCCCAUUUACUUUGUGUUAGAUGGGCUGGAUGAAGCCGACAGUCCCGGUUCAAUCAUUCGACUUUUCUCCGAGCUGUCACACGCUGCGAUGCCCCUUCGUCUUCUAGUUGUCAGUCGCAAAACCGCCGACAUUGCAAUGGCCUUUCCGAAAAUGUCUCGUCAAGUUCAGGUCGACGCCAUCAGUCUGGAAGGCUCUGUCCAGGACUUCCGGGUUUACAUUGAACAGGAGAUGGACGUGGCCGGAGACGAUUUGUAUCGCGAAGAGGUGACGGCCCAGCUCCUGGACCGAGCGGGCGGCAAUUUCUUAUGGGUUCACCUCGCGGUCCAGAAGAUCAACGGCUGUCACACGAAACUGGACGUUCAAAAUGCACUCAAACAUCUCCCUGCUGGUAUGGAAGCGCUGUACGAUCGGAUGGCGGAGUCUGUCAAGUCAAAGCCGGGUGUUGAGGGACAGCGAUUGGGGGAAGCCAUCUUGGACUGGGCGACUUGCACCCAACGGCCGCUCACCCUGGACGAGCUUUGCGCAGCUUUGCGCAAGGAUGGCCUUAUUGAGAAAUCCAGAACCAUCAUAGAUCUCUGCGGUGGUUUUGUGACUGUGGACCGAGAAGGGUGUGUCGCCAUGAUCCACGAAACAGCCCGGCAAUACCUUACGCGGAAGACAACUCCCCUCCCUCCGGUGGCAGUGGACACUUGCUCUGCAGAUAGCACCAUCUUUGGCAGAUGCAUGGCUCAACUGAGUGAUUCUACGGUUCGAGGCCAUUUCAACCGAAAACGACCGCCGGCAUUCUUGGACUAUGCGAUUCGAUUCUGGUUCAUCCACCUCUCACGGGCAUCAGUCCAUGGCUCUACCGAAGUCCUCACCGUCGUCAUGAAGUUUCUGAACAGCCCCUCUAUAUUGACAUGGAUCUACUUGGCUGUGAAAAACAACGAGAUAAGGCUUCUGGUGACAGCAUCGCGUUACUUGACCGAUAUGGUAGUCGGUCUACGAAGAUCGACCACUGAUGAUGAAUCACUUACCCAUCGCCAGACCGUCCGUCUUCUUGAGGGCUGGGCUACGGACCUGGUCAAGAUUGUUGGAAAAUUUGGCAGCAACCUUCGGCAAUCCCCCGACGCCAUUGACAAGCUCAUCCCGCCAUUCUGCCCCCGAGAUUCGGCCAUCUACGAACAGUUUGGGAGCAAGGAGAGUCACUCGCUCCAGAUUUCCGGGUCCGUGGGCUCGACAUGGGAUGACUGCCUCACACGCCUGUCUUUUGAACAAGGUGCAUCGGCCUCAACAGUGCUUGCCGCAGGCAGCUUCAUCGUUGUCCUGGCUACCAUUCACACCUCGAGCCACAUACUCAUCUACGAUGCUGCGACAUUUGAAGAGCAGCGACGACUGGUUCACCCGGAGCGGGUGCUCUCCAUGCAAGCUAACUCAAUGGGGGAUCUGCUGGUCACAUACGGCUAUCUGACCACAAGAGUCUGGAAUCUUCUCAGAGGGAACUGCCUCCAGGUUGCAGAGAAUCCCAAGGAUCGCCCCCGGCCUCAUUCUCUUCGCUUCAUCGAAGACGACCAGACCGUCUUAGUCGCGAAUGAAGACCGGUGUGUUCGCAGACUCUCCAUCCACAGUUCCACUGAUUCCCAGUGGGAUACACACUCCGAGAUUGUGGAACAAAGGUUCAAGGGAACGAUACACAGUUUUCCCAACUGUUCUGCCAUCAGUCCGGAUGGGACCAUGGUUGUCUUUGGGUAUCGUGCACACCCUGUUGCAGCCUGGGAGCUUGAUCCGCCAAAGAUGUUGCGCCAGUGUCACAUACCCGCAGAUGAAGCAAACAUCUCAAGGAAGAGAAAGACCGUGGGCGAGGUGUUCCAUCUGAGAUGGCACCCGUAUAGCGGAGAGGUCCUUGGCUUGACCCAAAUCGGCCUGAUGUUCAAGUGGGAUCCCUUCGAAGAGGAGACGAGGCUGAUGGUAGGCACUGGUGCCAACAAGAUGGUUGUGUCCCGGGACGGAUCGCUCAUAGCGACUGGAGACCCCCGAGGCACGAUCAAGGUGUUUGCUACAGCCGAUUUCUCGUUGCUAUACCAGCUAUCUUCGCAAGACUUUGUCAACGACUUGGCUUUCAGCUCCGACUCGAGACGACUUUACGAUACGCGAGGCCCAUAUGGCAACGUGUGGGAGCCGAACACAUUGAUCCGUCUUUCCGACAGCUCAGAGGUUCCAGAUCAUAACAGCGACGCGACUGGCGAGACGGAUAGUCUGGCCAAGAUGUCGCUCCACCCGGAGCACCAGUCAGCCAGAGUGAACAGCGUGACCAGUCUCUCAUCUCAGCCGCAUGGCCCUCUCUACUGUUUCGGAACGGACAGCGGGCUGGUAGACCUCUGUGAGAAAGGCCGCGGCACAGUAUGUCAGAUAGAGAGGCUGAGCAGCCGAAUGUCUGUCAAACACGUGGCAUGGAGUCAAGACGGCCGUCGAAUCGCUCUGACUGACCGAGCUCGAAGACUCUGGAUCAAAACGGUCUCCCCAAGUGUCGAUAACCACUCCGCUUGGCAGGUCGAUUUGGAGUUCAACGUCGUACUCGCGCCUCACAAAGGCAGGGCCACGGAUUUGCUGUUCCAUUCUGCAGGCAGGAAGCUGUGCGCGCGCACACCUUCGAUGCUCCUUUGCGUAGAUAUCGAGACACAACUUUGGACAGAGGCAGAGCUUCCACAGGACAUGGAGCAGUGCACAUGGAUCAAUCACCCGACCAAACUAGACUACCUACUUGCGUUUGGGCCCAGAAAGGUCCAAGUCUUUCAGUGGUCCGACUUGCGCAAAGUUCAUGAACAGCAUUACGCACUACCGCAUCUUGGUGGACCAGAUAUCUCCGCAGGUUCCCUCGCAGAGGCCGAGAGCCCUGACGAGGAACACUAUGCCGUGGGGAGGCUUCUCUCGCAUGCAGGAUCACCACGCAUUCUUCUUCAGCUGCUGUGCUCCACUGCCUCGAACCGGGUACGGCACAAGUACGUCCUCUUCGAUGUGAACGACCUACGCAUCAGAUCCCCAAAGGAGGACCAUCCCAGCGGCCAAGAGCCCAUCUAUGAUGAUAGCGCUUCCUUUCCAUGCGUCAUCCUCCCAACCCGUAUCGCAUCUCGAAUCCGCGAGCCGCUAUCGCUGCUGCCGCGUCAGAAGCUCAUAUUCCUCGACGUCGAGAGGUGGAUCUGCACCUGGCGGCUUCCGCACAUCUCGCCUGCGUCGACCCCGCGGGAGGCCGCGAACAUUCAGCGGUAUUACUUCUUGCCGGGGGACUGGGCGACGGCCGACGAGGUGCACCGGUGUGUGGUGAUGUCGGAUGGGACGCUGCUCUGUCCACGGAACGGAGGUGUGGCGGCGGUUCAGUGCGCGGAUCUGUGA